UCGCCGGCCAUCCUGACGAUUCACGAGCCACGUCGAUGAAUCAUUAACGGCAACUCGAUCGCUCUCGCGAUUGAUUUGAAAUUCGCAACCGUUGGAAUUUCGCUAGUCCGGAAUGCGCAUGCGAGCGAGAUCGCCGCGAGAUCGCCGAAGGGAUGAUCUCGUCGAUCACGCCGAUGCGCGAUAUCUCUUCUCUCGUCCUUGCCCGAUAUCCUUUGUACAUUCAUGUCUCAUGCCUCGGCGAUACCGUCAUCGUCUCUCGUUGGGCAACGAACGAGCGCACGCGGAUUCUCAGAUCCCGUCGUCCCGCUGAUCGUCUCAAGUUCAAGCUCCGGGAAGCUCGUGUAUCGGCAAUAACGUCCGUUUAACGUCGCGCGCUACGCCGCACAUGUUGUGUCUAUUGGGUAACCAUAGCGAUCUCGAAAGCCUCGGUCAUCGCGACAUUCCGUCGCUUCGCACACGUGUGCGCGCCGGGGGAGGGUGAAAUUUGCACCCCCGCGCGCCCACACGCAGACACACGGGUGUAUAUAACGUAUGUACGUGCACACGGCGGACAACAGACUCGCGCAUCGCCGCGGAAUGAUGUUCGAGGGAGGUGCACGCGCGCGCGACAUCGGCGAGCGAAACGUGCCGCGAGCCACAUAAAUAACGCGACAUUGAUGACGAUACGCGUGACAUAUAAGUAUCGCAUCGCUAUCCAUCGGCCAGUAUAUGCCACACUGGUGCCGCGGAAACUAGCCUACUUGUUCGAUCGACAAUAAUUUGACCACAGGAUCGCCUCGUCGGCUGUGAAACACGAGAAACUGCAACGUUCGCCGCUCAAAGUCCUCCGACCGUUCAAUUUCCCGCUGCCGCGUUGCGUCUUUGAAUCACCGAUCGAGAGAGAGAGAGAGAGAGAAAGAGAGAUACCCGCAUUGGAUCGAGAAAGCAAGAAAACUAACGAAGAUCGGGUGAAGAAGCGUACUCGAGCGGAUGUAACUCGACGAGACACCGCGAGACCGAAGCUCUCGCCGGUUCUCUGCCCUCAGCUCAUCAUGUUCGACGGCGUGAAAACGCGCGUGGGCCGAUUGCACGGACGCGACUCCCUGGAGGUGUCGUCCCUCGUGCCGCCGUAAGGGUGUUCCGGGCAUUACACGACCCUGACCACCGGAGCGCGUUCUCUGCGAGGCGUGGUUGAGCGCUGCUUUAUUCAUAAUUGACGAGAGCCGGCCGUGAGCAGCGCGAGGUCGCCGCCAGCUCGACGAGCUAUCGACACUGAUCGAUGCUCGUUUCCUUGCGAUUAACUAUCAGACGCGAUCGAGGAAGCGGCUCGCUCGAGGUGUUAUCGGCGACGUUGCCGGGCAAACUCUCGACGACGACGAGUAUUUGAGUGUCGUUGGUCGCGGAGGAGGAAUCGCCCACGCGAUGAUGAUGAUGAUGAUGAUGAGCCCUUCGAGGGACCGAGAGCUCCCUCGGCCUUCCUCGGCUGAUCACGGGGAUGCCGUCGUGUAAAGCGCCGGUCGCGCGUCUGGCAACGUGAUCGUACGGACAAUCGGCGCGAAAAAAAGUCGUCGUGUUCGACGAAAGAUGAUACUGCUGAAUCGUGCGUGCCGAAAGUCCGCAAGUCUUCCGAGCCGUGUGCACUGAAAGAGACUCGCGGGGACCGGCAACAUGGAUGAUAGCACGCUGCAAGUAGACGAUGACAGCCAGCAUAACGAGAGCCGCCGGCCCAGCAGCUGGGGCAACUUUCUUCAUCCCGACGACAACACCCCGGUCGAGUCCCAGUUCAAUGACGAGAAAUCAAGCGGCUCAGGCAACGUCUCCUCCCGCGCCUCCACGGCGAAGUCGACGCCGGCGAAGAGCGGGUCCUCGAGUAACGAGCCGGGAUCCCCGGAAUCGGGUGUGAUCUGCGUUCCUAACAGGGAGAUACUUUACGAGCUUGAAAAAAACGGCUAUCUGCCGACCGGCACGCCCAGUAUCAACAGGAAAUUGUCGAGAGGCAGCAUACACCCGACCGGAACGAGCCUGGCCGCGCGGGAUGCCUUCGGACCUAAACUCGAGGCGCCCGCCACCCCGGAAGUCAGCCCUUCGUUGCCGGUCACGCCCGUCUCGCUGGAUUGCGCGGAGAACGCGAGGGAUUCAUUGCCACCGAGGGAGGCGGAAACGGAAAUCGAUCCCGAGACACUUUACUUUCGCGACGGUCGUCGAAGGAUCGACAUGGUAUUGGUCUAUCAGGAGGAGAGCGAAGGAGUGAUGACGGAGAUAGAAGCUCGCCGGCGAGAGCAACGGCGAGUCUUUCAGCAGAACCUGCUGAAGGAGGGUCUGCAGCUGGAGCUGGAGCCGAAGGAGAGCUCCUUCGACGGGAAGACAUACUUCUUGAAGCUGCACAUACCAUGGAAGAUAAAGGUGCAGUACGCCGAGGUGAUGAGUCUGAAACUGCCCACCAAGAGGUUCAUCACGAUCUCCGUGAAAGCUUGGGGUACGGAGGUUGUCAAAGAGAUCCCGAAGUUCUGGGAGAGAUGGUUGCGAUGGGCGGAAUGGAUACACAGGGUACACACGUGGGACACGGUAAAGUACCCCGAGGAGCCGAAUUUUUACGACAGCAUCGAUUCCGGCGAUCGCAAGGAGAGGUUUAUCGUGAAGGACAGAGAUACCGCUUACACGCCCGCACAGAGAUCGCUGAUAGUAAUGCAAAUAUUGCUGCGAGGGAGAUACGAUGAGAACCAUGAGAAGUCCGGUAUUCGUAGACUUUUAGCGGACGGGACGUAUCUCGACUGUUUUCCCUUGCACGAAGGCCCUUACGAUAAGCCCCUCCGCAACGGGGAGAUCCUCGACAGGCAUCUGUUGUACUUGAUAUGGGCGAGACCCGGGCAAUGGUACAAGAAGCAACCGCUGUGGUUGAUAAGGCGAUACUUCGGCGAGAAAGUUGCGCUGUACUUCGCUUGGCUAGGCUUUUACACGAAGUGUUUGUACCCGCCGGCGGUGGUGGGUCUCUUGUGCUUCUUUUACGGCCUCGGGAGCAUGGACGGUGUGGACAAUGUUCCCAGCAAGGAGAUUUGCGACCCUAAUAUAGCCGGAAACAUCACUCUGUGCCCCCUUUGCGACAGAGCGUGCACCUACCAGAAACUCGGCGAUUCCUGUUUAUUCUCCAAACUGACGUACUUGUUCGAUAAUCCAGCUACCGUCUUCUUCGCCAUUUUCAUGUCCUUCUGGGCCACGACGUUUCUCGAGCUCUGGAAGCGGCGGCAGGCCGUGAUCGUCUGGGAAUGGGAUCUUCAGAACGCCGAUUACGACGAAGAGCCCAGGCCCGAGUUCGAGACGUCCGUGAAGACCUUCCGGAUCAAUCCCGUGACGAGGGAGAGAGAGCCGUAUCUGCCCACAUGGUCCAAGGCUAUACGAUAUCUCGCUACUGGCUCCAUAGUGUUCUUCAUGAUAUGCGUGGUCCUCGCCGCUGUUCUGGGAACCAUUAUAUACCGCAUCUCGCUGGUCGCCGUGUUCUAUGGCGGCGGUGGUCCUUUCCUGAAGAGACACGCGAAGAUAUUCACUUCCAUGACCGCCGCUCUCAUCAACUUGGUGAUAAUAAUGAUACUCACGCGGGUGUAUCAUCGGAUGGCGCGGUGGAUGGUCAACAUGGAGAAUCCAAGGACGCAGACGGAGUACGAAGCAAGCUUCACGUUCAAGAUCUUCUUGUUCGAAUUCGUCAACUUCUAUUCGUCCUUGAUUUAUAUCGCCUUCUUCAAGGGGAGAUUCUUCGUUCACCCGGGCGACGCGGACGCGAGGACUUCGGAGUUCUACCGCAUCAAGACGGACGUGUGCGACCCGGCCGGUUGUCUCUCGGAGGUCUGCAUUCAGCUCGCGAUCAUAAUGGUCGGUAAGCAGUGCUUCAACAAUUUCGUCGAGAUCCUCUCGCCGAAACUGUGGAACUGGUGGCGCAAGAGAACGCAGAUAGCGGCGACGCGGAAUCACGACCGGAAGUACACCUGCUGGGAGAAGGACUACCAGCUGCAAGACCCGGGCAGGUUGGCCCUGUUCGACGAGUACCUGGAGAUGAUUCUGCAGUAUGGAUUCGUCACGUUGUUCGUGGCGGCAUUCCCAUUAGCGCCUCUCUUCGCUUUACUGAAUAACAUCGCGGAGAUCAGGCUGGACGCGUAUAAAAUGGUGAAGGAGGCCCGCAGGCCGUUGGCAGAGCGAGUGGAGGAUAUCGGCGCUUGGUUCGGUAUUCUUAGGGGUGUUACUUAUGUAGCGGUAGUGUCAAACGCUUUUGUUAUCGCGUACACGUCCGACUUCAUCCCGCGGAGCGUGUACGCAUUCGUUUAUUCGACUACGGAGGAUUUAACGGGUUACAUCGAUAGUUCUCUGUCAGAUUUCAAUACUUCCGAUUAUAGCGACGAUAUGAAAAGCGAAGCGGACGACAAGCAUCCGGAGAUGUGUCAAUACCGGGGUUACAGGAACAAACCUGACCAUCCGGAGGAUCCCUACGGGCUCAGCCCGCAGUACUGGCACGUUUUCGCCGCGCGUUUAGCGUUCGUUGUUGUCUUCGAGCACGUUGUUUUUGCACUUACCGGGAUCAUGAGCUACGUGAUACCGGCCGUACCGCAUUCUCUGUCGACUCAGCUGCAACGCGAACGACUGCUCGCUCAAGAGGCGAAGUACGAGAAGGGAAUCAAGGGCAAGGAGGACGAGGACGAUUUGCUCUCGGUCCUGAGGGAGGCCGGGACCAUCGGUAGAACCGGUGCCGGCGCACGUCGUGGCAGCUGGACCAGGCGAUUUAGCAAAUUGAGUGGUGACGGUCUGGACGCUCACGUUGACGUCGGCAUUAGACAUAGCAAGCGCAGCGAUAGCUCCACAGUGUGGGAAGUCAUGUAAUAAUCGCUUAUACCAUUGUCAUGGGGUGCGUUCAGCGAACGCAACGGUUGCCCAACCGUUGAAUAACUGUUCAGUAGAAUGUCUAUCUUGCAAUCGUUGGAAGUUUUCCGAACUGAAAUUGGAAUUAUUCUUUUAGAUCUAGAGAAGGAAAAGAAUACUCGCAACGGUGGUAAAUUAAACGUUCUGUUCAAUGUGGCCUUCGAUACGGCCUUUGAUCGCAAUAUUCUUUUAGAUCUACAGUAAAUCCAAAGGAAUGUUCUAAUGAUAUCGACGAGAUGGAUGUAAUUGACGGAUAUCUAAAAGUAUAUAUCAAUUGUAUAUAAUUGUUAUUCAACGAUUGUACAACCGUUAUAUUUUCCGAACGCAGUCGUGGGCUGUGUUCAACGAACACAACAGUUGAGUGAUCGAUCUUCUGAAAGACUGAUUGCAGAUUCAAAAGUAUACAUCUAUCAUAGUUAAUUGUUACUUGGUUGAGUAAGCGCUCAUGAAUAUAUUCCUUUAUAUGGCUCUAAAAGAAUACCUCAAAGUCGAUAAUCACUCAACGGUUGUAGAACCCUUUGUGUUUGCUUGAACGCACCCAUGUGCAUUCUUUUCCCGUCCACAAAGCUCGUUACGCGAAGAUAAUCAUGACAGUAUAAAGACCAAACGCCGUGUGACGAGUAUCUUACUCCUCGUGAAAUUUUGAGGAGAAAAAGAAAAAGAAAAAAGAGCGAGGGGGGGGGGGGACAAGCGAUUUGCGAAAUCUGUAUGAAUUUGUUUGUUGAGUGAAAAUUCGCGCGCGCGCGUUCAUAGAAUCACCUUCGUUCAUUGCGGAAUUUCUCGCGCGCAGAGUUGCGCUCGAGAACGUCACCUUCGUGUAUAUUAUUACUCGAAUCGCUAUUUGAGAACUCUAGUGCGUUGCUCAUUGAUUCGUCUGAGAACUAAUUGGAAUGUCUAUAAAGCGUCACUCCAGUCACACCGGACUUUUCAGGGGUUAAUAAUCACUCUGGACGCAACACACAUGCGUAUUGAGUGCCACAGCCUGUCUUUCUAACUACGUAACUUCGAAAGUAACCGUAAAAUUCAUGGAGGAAGUAACGUUUAUUAAAUACAGACGUAUUCCCAAAGAACAUUGAGACAUCCUAAAAUAUUAUUAAGAUGCUUUCGAAACAAUGAGAUGUCUCUGAGACGUCUUUUAGACAUGUAUAUUGUAUGGGUUCUUGUCGGAGGAAAUGGAAAGUGACGAUUGUCUAAUCUUAGAUCGUACCACUGAACCACAGUAAUACUGGAUUGUGCGCGAGCGAGGCGAGAGAGACAGUCAUAUUCUAAUGCCAUCUUUGUCGUUCGUACAGUCUCCUCAAGAAGUUGACUCGGUCCCAUGAUCAAUAACUGAAAUAUGCUAAUGUAAAAUGUAUUCAAUGUAAUUGUUAAGAGAGGAAUUUCAUGUUUGCAAGAGAUUUUUGUAACGUACUACAUGAUUUUUAAUUAAUAUUAAAAUAUUAAUAUAUAUAUAAUAUUAUAAUAUUAAUAUAACUGUGCCCGUAGUGAGUGACCGUACAAAUUGCUCAUUCACUUUUUAAACUGGAUGGUAUCAAAAGGAAGCAAAUGGAACUGAGCAUGCGCAAGAAGCGUGUGCAACAAGAGGACCGGUCUUUUCCCAAGGAUUUCCUGUACUGGCAUAUACUGGUGCAAUAAGUUGCAGUGAAACCUACUUUUUUUAUUUGUUUCAUUUUAACUUGCUGCACCGGUAUACACCUGCUUUAGAAGUUCUUCGAAAAAGAAUAGAUCUAAGGACGGCAAAUUUUUAUACCUCCUCUCUCGUCUUACUUCCGAACCAUAGGAUUUCAUAGGUUGCGCACGUUCAAGUCUUACUAUAGUUCGGUAGAUCUUACACUAUACCGUUCGUGAACCCGGACGCAUGGAAUGAUGUACUAUAAUAUAUCCCCCGC